AUGCGUGUUUGCCUUGCCCUGCAGUACCGUAGUAGCAGAGCAGUGGUGUACCUCAGCAUUCCGAUCCCGUCAACCUCCAAUUGCAGCUCCCACCUGCCCAUCCAUCACGACCACCUUCGACGCAACACCAAGGCUAUCCACAGCCAACCCCGCGACACAUCACGACCUGAUCCUCGACGGCCCCUCUGCUUCGACUCAACACACAAGCUUCCCAGUCCCCAGCGGCCCCUCGCUCCAGGAGCCAAGAUGAGCUCCCCCUUCUCCAUCAAUGGCGGUGCCUGCGUCGCAAUGGUCGGCAAGGACUGCGUCGCAAUAGCCUGCGAUCUCCGUCUCGGUCUCCAGGCCCUGACCGUCUCCAACAACUUCCCCAAGAUCUUCCAGUACGGCGACGUCUUCCUGGGCCUCACCGGCCUCGCCACCGAUGUCACUACCGUCGGCGACCUCUUCCGCUACAAGGUCAACAUGUACCGCCUCCGCGAGGAGCGCAACAUCGCCCCUACCACCUUCGCCAACCUCGUUAGCAGCUCACUCUACGAGCGCCGUUUCGGCCCCUACUUCGUCUCCCCCGUCGUAGCCGGUCUCGACCCCAAGACGGGUAAGCCUUUCAUCUGCGGUUUCGACAGCAUUGGCUGCAUCGACUUCGCCAAGGACUUCAUCGUCUCUGGUACCGCCUCUGAACAGCUCUUCGGCAUGUGCGAGAGCUUAUGGGAGCCGGAUCUGGGCCCGGAGGAGCUUUUCGAAACGAUCUCCCAGUCUCUGCUGAACGCCGUUGACAGAGAUGCACUGUCUGGUUGGGGUGCGCACGUGUACAUUAUUGAGAAGGACAAGGUCACCAAGAGGCUGCUCAAGGGCAGACAAGACUAA